CCAUUUCUUUCUUUCUUCUUCUUCUUCUUCUUCCCAGGAACUAAAAACGACUGAAAAUCUGAUCGCAGAAGCUCGAUGCAAGCGAUUCAUGACCCAUCACAUGGAGCUUAAUCUAUCUGUAUCAAUAUUCCUUUCUCUCAGUUUAUGCUAUUUUCUUCACUCUGCUUUCGCCAGAGGCGGCCUUCAAAGCCAUGACUCAAUUUUUCCUCCUGAAUUUUUUGGAAAUACCACUUAUAAUGGCCAUGCAAGGCGAUUGUUUGAGAAAAACCAGUCUAAUAAAAGUGUUGAUGUAGCUGAAGGGUACAUGACUAAUUCUGAGCUUGAGGCUGCAAUUAAGGCGUUUGGGAAAAGAUGUAGCAACAUUUCUAGAAUUUACAGUAUUGGGAAGAGUGUGAAUGGGGUACCACUGUGGGUCAUAGAAAUUUCCGACAAGCCUGGGGAGGAAGAGGCUGAACCUGCAUUUAAGUACAUAGGAAAUGUGCAUGGAGAUGAACCCGUAGGGCGUGAGCUGCUAAUGUUACUUGCCAAUUGGAUUUGUGAUAACUAUUUGAAAGAUCAGUUGGCUACUUUGAUUGUAGAACGUACUCAUCUUCAUAUACUUCCGUCAAUGAAUCCUGAUGGAUAUUCCCUACGGCAGCGUGGCAAUGCGAAUAAUGUUGAUUUAAAUCGAAACUUUCCAGAUCAGUUUUUCUCUAUGAAUGAGGAUGCAUCUGCAAGAGAACCUGAAACAAGAGCAAUAAUGGAGUGGUCAAGCCAGAUACAUUUUACAGCUUCUGCCAGCUUGCACGGGGGUGCACUUGUUGCAAAUUAUCCAUGGGAUGGAAGUCAGGAUAAAAGACAAAUCUAUUAUGCGUGUCCUGAUGAUGAAACAUUUCGGUUCUUGGCGAGUGUGUACAGUCGCUUUCACCAUAACAUGUCCUUGAGUAAUGAAUUUCCUGGUGGAAUCACAAAUGGUGCAUUUUGGUAUCCUAUUUAUGGAGGUAUGCAAGACUGGAACUACAUACAUGGGGAUUGUUUUGAAUUGACUCUAGAGAUUAGUGACAACAAAUGGCCUCCUGCUCACGAGCUUGCUACCCUUUGGAAAUACAACAAAAUGAGUAUGCUCAAUCUUGUUGUGAGCCUCGUACAGACAGGAGUGCAUGGAAGGAUUUUUUCAUCAGAUAGUGGGAGGCCAUUACCUGGUACUAUUACCAUUGAGGGAGUAAAUCACACGGUUAAAACAAAUAGAGUAUUUGCUGAUUACCAUCGAUUGCUUACCCCUGGUGGGAGGUACAAAGUUAUGGCCACUGUGCCUGGGUACAAAUCAAAGACAACAAAUAUUUGGUUGGAAAAAUCUGCCAUGACAGUUGAUUUUGUUCUGGAUCCAGAAGUUACCCCCAACGGGAAUCUUCUUCGUAGUGCAUGUGAAUGCAACUGUGGUAGGUUGAACAGGUAUGAAUUUGAGAGCUUUUUUCGAGGUGCCCACUUUGAAGUGUACGCCAUUUUGAUUCUAGUGUUAGGAUUCCUUUGCUUCUUGUUUCAAAGGAGAAUUAAAUACAACCUUUCAAAACAGAGACAGUUAGGGCCAAAAAGGCCUGUUGCCCUCUGAGGUUCUAAUUUAUACCAACAUGAAUUGUAUAUUUAUUUGAAAGGAUAAUUUAUUGUAAAAAAAACUUUUCUUGUCUCAAGACUAAGAUAUUUGGCUCCAUUGUUGCUGCAAUUCACCACCUGAUUGAGAUAGCCUCAAGAAUUGCCUUGCCGGCAAUAUAUAUUUUGUUUUGUA